GUGAACCUCUGCAGAUCCCAGUAUGAAGAAACGUGUCCGCUGACGACACUCACUGCCUUUCGAGACUUAAAAAAGGAAUAAUUCUUCGCUCCUCCGCACAUCAAAUUUCCAGACUUUAAACACGGACCAAUGGCUCAUCCUACUCGUCUGUGUCCGUGGAGACCGUACGUUUUUAUAUUCCUUUUUCUUUAUGUCAUCAUGAGCACAGUCUCCGCCGUCAACCACUAUUCUGUUCCCGAAGAAAUGGAGGAAGGAUCUGUCGUCGCUAAUUUAGCAACGGAUUUGGGUCUGGACGUGAAGACUCUGACUAGAAGGAAAAUGCGCGUUGACGCUAUAGGAAACAAAAAAUAUCUCGACAUCAACAAAGAGACCGGAGAGCUGUUUAUAUUAGAGAGAAUAGACAGAGAGUUUUUAUGCGCACUGAAGACAGCCGAGUCUUGCUUUCUUAAAUUAGACGCUACGAUUGAAAAUCCAAUACGAAUGUUUAAUAUUGAGGUCGAAAUCACGGACAUUAAUGAUAACGCUCCUCAUUUCCGACGUGGGACGAUGCACUUGGACAUCUCUGAAUCCAGCCCCAUCGGAGAGAGGUUCUCGCUGAAUAACGCUGCGGAUCCAGAUGUUGGAACGAAUUCUGUGAAGGAUUACCACCUGAGCUCAAGUGAACACUUCUCUAUUGAAAUUCAGACGGGGAGAGAUGGGACGAAAUUUGCUGAUUUGAUACUUAAAAAAGCUUUAGACAGAGAGAAGCAGGCUGUUCAUAAUCUAAUGCUGACUGCUGUGGACGGUGGAGUUCCCACGCGCACAGGUACAGCCAGCGUCAUUGUUCGUGUGCUCGAUGUGAAUGACAACGCCCCUUCGUUUGACAAAGACAGAUACGUUGUGCACGUGAUGGAGAACUCACCGAUUGGAAGUCUAGUGAUCAAACUAAACGCCACUGAUUUAGAUGAAGGCUCCAACUCUGAUAUUGUUUAUUCAUAUAGUCUGUACACAUCAGAGAGAACACAAAAUGUGUUUAAACUGAAUUCAGAAAACGGUGAAAUCAGAGUGAAAGAGAUGAUUAAUUAUGAAGAUAUUAAACUUUAUGAAAUGGAAGUUAUUGCCAGUGAUAAAGGACAAAACUCCUUAACUGGACAGUGUAAGCUGACGAUACAGGUGACAGAUAUGAAUGAUAAUCAUCCAGAAAUAUCUAUUAAAUCAUUUCAGAGUCAGGUCAAUGAAAACAUAGAAUUAGACACAGUGAUCGCUGUGGUUAGUGUCAGUGAUAAAGACUCUGGUGACAAUGGAGUGGUUGAUCUUCGUAUUCCAGAUAAUAUGCCUUUCAAACUGAGAGAAUCCUCUGAUAACUAUUAUGAAUUAGUGGUGUCAGAGCCGUUAGACCGUGAGAAGGUUCCUGAAUAUGACGUCACUUUCACCGUCACAGACAGAGGUUCUCCUCCUUUAUCUGACAACGAAACUAUGACUUUAGAGCUGCUGGAUGUUAAUGACAAUGUUCCACAGUUCCCUCAGUCGUUUUACACGAUACGUGUGAUGGAGAAUAACGCACCUGGGGCCUUGCUCAGUUCACUCACUGCCUUUGACCCUGACCUCCAUGAAAACCAGUAUCUGGUUUAUUUCAUCCUGGAGAAGGAGAUAGCCAACACCUCCAUGUCCAUGCUGUUCUCCAUCAACCCAGAGAACGGUAAUCUUUACGCACUGAAAACUUUUGACUAUGAGAUCGAGAAGGAGUUUCUUUUCCACAUCGAGGCCAGAGACUCUGGUUCUCCUCCACUCAGCAGUAACGUGACCGUCCAUAUUGUGAUUGUGGACCAGAAUGACAACGCUCCGGUUAUCGUGUCUCCGUGGCGCGCGCACGGCUCGGUGGUGGAGGAGAAGAUCCCCAGAUCCACUGAUAAAGGCUCUCUGGUUUCCAAGGUGAUCGCUUUAGACACAGACUCGGUGCACAACUCUCGGAUUACCUACCAGUUUCUACAGGUGACUGACGCCACCUUGUUCAGUCUGGACCAGUACAACGGAGAGAUCCGGACUAUGAGGAUGUUCAGUUACAGAGAUCCACGCCACCAGAGACUGGUUGUUGUGGCCAAGGACAACGGGGAGCCCGCUCUCUCUGCUACAGUCACCAUCAAGCUGUCCACGGUGGAGACUGUCGUUAAGGCCUACUCUGACAUGACUGAGGUGCCUCUAGAGUACGACAUCUUCUCAGACCUAAACCUGUAUUUGGUGAUCGGUCUGGGCUCCGUGUCGUUUCUCCUGCUCAUCACAAUAUUGGUCACCAUCGUGCUCAAGUGUCAGAAACCCAAGCCCAGCAACGCGGCUCCUCCCUGCAGGAACAGUGUGAUCAGUGAGAGGAACUCCACCAUCGCAGAUUCCACUCUGGUCUCCAACGAUGCCUACUGGUACAGUCUGUUUCUGGCAGAAACCAGGAAAGGAAAGAUGGUGGUCAGACAGCCUGUGCCAAAGGGCUCCAGAUACAUCGUGUCCAGUUUACCGAGAGGAACAGGACUCACAGACACGAGCGGCUCAGCAGCUUCUACUCUGCAGGUAUGGGAAAAAUGUACUUAAAUUAGUUUAACUUAACUUUGUUCUUGGACUAUUAGUCAAGUACUCUCAUAAGUGUUCGAAGCAGUUGGGGCUUUGUUGUGCUUGAGAAUAUUUGCUCUCUCCUUUUUUGUUUGUUUUGGUUAAUAUGCAUAAAUAGAUCAAAAUAGCUUUAAUGAACUGUCAAUCAGAUCACCUCAUAUAAACUUAGGAAAGUUUACAAACAUGUUCAUAAAUAAUAUACAGUUUCCCUUUCCUAAAUACAUGUUCUUUACUAUUUCAGCAUGAAGUAUUAUUAAGUAUCAGAAUGAGUAACGAGGUACACUCAGCCUCCAUUGCUUUAAAAAGUAACGAUUUAAAUUUUUUUACAUUAUAAACAGUUGGAUGAUGGAUUUCAUCAUGUUUGGAAAUAUUUUUCAAAAACAGACACUCGU